AAUAAAAAAAUAAUUUCGAUCAAUUGAAUAUAAAUAGUCAACUAUUUAUUUAGAAUUUUUUUGUUAUUACGAUUACUGAUUUAAGAAUCUAAGAAGAGAAAAUGCAAAUGAAUAUAAUUGCCUUAAUAAAAAGCAUAAGAAUUUUAAUUGAUUUGAUUUGUGAAAGAAUAUUUAUUAAAAUAAUUUUAAAUUUAGAAAAAAAAACAAUAAAAUUAAAUGCAUUAACAUUUUAUAAUUAUUUACUUCGUUUUGUAAUAAUAAUAUCAUUAUUAGUAAUAACAUUUGGUAUUCCAUAUUCUAAAGUUGUUCUUUAUAUUUAUGGUGGUUCAACUUUAAUUCAAGGUUCAGGUCCAACACUUCUUCGUUUAUAUUGUAUAUAUAUAUUAUUUCUUGCAAUAAAUGGUAUAACUGAAGCAUUUUCUCAAGCAACAAUGUCAAUAAAACAAUUAAAAAAUUAUAACAUCUAG